CCGGAAUGUCGCCUCUUCACACGGAAUCUUGGCCGCCGUCAAGACCUUGAGCGGUUGUAGAUUCAGGUACAGCAGCAUCGUCAUGGUUAAUCUGUUCGAUCUUCAAUGCAAGUCGGUUCAACGUUGAAUCCACCAGCGAGCCAACUUAUUAAAGGAGCAUGGCUGCACACAUUCUUCGCUCUUCACCCAGCCCGGUUCCAGCAGUUUGAAAGUCUAGUUCAUUUUACCUCUUUCUACAUCUUCUGCCAGCAUCAUGUGGUCUAAACAGCUUGCCCUUACCUUGGCCCUGCCAUUUGCCACCGCCUCUCCUGCUUUGAGAUCUCUCCAAACCAGAGAUUCCGCCAGUCCACAAAGCUGUACCCAAGCAGUAAGUAUAUAUUCGUUCAACAGAAUGAAGGAAAAUAUGAGAGUCUAACAGGAAUAGUGUUCUACACUUGAGACCCAAUUCCCAGGAAGGCUCCAUUACAAGGCGAACGAUUCCAACUUCGUUAUCUGGGACCAAAAGCAGCUUCAGACAGCAUAUGUCUGCCGUGUGCAGCCAUCAUCGUCUGAAGAAGUCUCUAGUGUUCUCAAGGUUCUUUUGGAAAACUGGUGCCGAUUCUCCGUUAAGGGCGGUGGACACUCUCGAAGCGUGGAUGAUGCUGUUUCCAAUGGAGGAGUUACCAUCGACUUGAAUCUCCUGAAUGGUACUACCAUUGCUGAUGAUAAGGCUUCUGCUCGUAUCCUCGGUGGAACCCUAACCCGUGACGCCUACACAGAUCUUGACAAAGAAGGGUUGGCUUAUGUCGGUGGAAGAUUAGGCCAGAUUGGUAUUGGAGGUUUCUUGCUUGGAGGUGGAACCUCUGUCUCCUCAUCCAAGUACGGAUGGGGUUUAGACAAUGUUCUCGAGUAUGAGGUAAAUAUCCCUCAAAUCCAACAACAUAAUAUCCCGCUGACAAUGAUAGGUUGUUCUUCCAAACGCAACCAUCACCACAGUUACCGAAACCUCAAACCCUGACAUGUUCUUUGCCCUCCGAGGAGGCGGUAACAACUUCGGAAUCGUGACUGCCUUUACCGUCAACACCUUCCCACUAGGCCAAGUAUACGUAGGUUCGCGAACCUUCAGUGACGCGGCUUUGGACGCAUACUUUGUGGAGGCAGAGAACAUAUUCACCCUCCAAGAUGGUGCGGAUACCAACAUCGUAAUGGAGAGUCGAUAUCUCUACGACAAAGCCUCGAACAGCUAUACCAUGGGUAACACCCAACGCUACCUGGAACCCGUCAUGAGCCCACCAGUUUUCGAUACUUUGAACGCAAUUCCAGGAACUAUUGGUAACCUCACCGGGGGUCUCAACACCCUUGCAGCCAGUGUAGCAUUCAGUAGGCCACUCGGAGUAUCAAGGUAUGUUUUUGUGUCACGAAGGUAACGAGAGUGUAAGUGGAUGAUGCUAAUUCCCUUAUAGAAACAGCUUCACCACUCUGGCCAAUUACCCAUCCCCAGCUCUUUGGAAGAAGGCCACCGAGAUCUUCAAAGAACUCUACGGAGGCUUGCCUAACACUACUACCAUCAACCCCAACUUGAUUACCUACUCCAUUCCAGCUGGAGCGAUUGAAAAGAUGAAGACCAAGGGAGGAAACGCCCUCGGUAUUGAUGUCGAUGGACAUCUCGUCAGUAAGUAUCCCAUUGUCACGGGAUCAACACCCAAGUUAGUGCAAGAUUAAAAUAUACUAAUUAUACCCAGUGAACCUUUUUUCCGUGACAUGGACCGACGCCGCUGAGGACGAGACCGCAGCAAACCUUGCAGAAACCUAUUACAAGUUGUGGAAACAAGCUGCCAUCGACCUUGAAGUUUUCCACCCGUUCGUCUACCUCAAUUAUGCUGAUACGCCACAAGAUCCCUUCACCUCAUACGGUGAGGAGAACAAGCAACGCUUGAUGUCUAUCCAACAGGCUAUUGACCCACAAGGUGCUUUCCGAUCAUCCGGAUUGUGGACUGGAUACAGAAAGCUACUAUAAGCGUAUGUGGCGAGGACAGGACGUCUUAAUUGUAUCAAACUGUUUUGAUACUGUGUUUGAGUAAUUGAAUAGGAAAAUGGUUGUAGGUUUGUGGCCGCUUAAAUUUUGG